GCGCGUUCAGGUCGCCUCGAGCCCAGCUUCAGAAUAGAGGCGAAAAAUCCAGCGAAAGCCAGACAGAGGGCUUCCUGACCUGAAACAUUGUGUACACCAAGUUGUUUUCGAGCGCUCGGCAGACAGAGGAGGGGGAUUUUCCUUUUGCGCAACUGCUCUUUUUUUUUCUUUUUCUUUUUGCAGAGACUGGGCGAGUGAAGUUGUGCUUCAUUUUUAGAGUUUACACAGGGAGAGCGGCAGCACAGCACGUCGCCACACGCAGGGAGGAGCGGAGAAGAGGGCAGAAGUUUCCGCUGGCUUGUUUUGUCACCGCGGGGCUGCUGGUGGUCAAUCCGCAGGAAUGUCGCACAAGGAAAGACCCGUUUUUUACCGACAGGAGCUCAACAAGACCGUGUGGGAAGUCCCGCAGCGCUAUCAAAACCUGUCUCCGGUCGGCUCCGGUGCUUACGGAUCCGUGUGCUCAGCGUUCGACGAGAAGACGGGCCUAAAGGUAGCGGUGAAAAAGCUGUCCAGACCUUUCCAGUCCAUCAUCCACGCAAAGAGAACGUACAGAGAGCUGCGGCUGCUCAAACACAUGAAGCACGAGAACGUAAUUGGACUCUUAGAUGUUUUCACCCCUGCAACCAGCUUAGAGGAGUUCAACGAUGUAUAUCUGGUGACGCACCUUAUGGGAGCAGAUCUAAACAACAUUGUCAAGUGUCAGAAGCUGACAGACGACCACGUCCAGUUUCUCAUUUACCAGAUCCUCAGAGGCUUAAAGUACAUCCACUCAGCAGAUAUAAUCCAUAGAGACUUAAAGCCCAGUAAUCUGGCUGUUAACGAAGACUGUGAGCUUAAGAUCCUUGACUUUGGUUUGGCGCGGCACACAGAUGACGAGAUGACGGGAUACGUAGCAACGCGGUGGUAUCGAGCCCCAGAGAUCAUGCUCAACUGGAUGCACUACAACAUGACAGUGGAUAUCUGGUCGGUUGGAUGCAUCAUGGCGGAGCUGCUUACAGGACGGACACUCUUCCCAGGCACAGAUCAUAUAAACCAGCUGCAGCAGAUAAUGCGCCUGACGGGGACUCCCCCAGCCUCCCUCAUAAGCAGGAUGCCCAGCCAUGAGGCAAGGAACUAUAUUAACUCGCUUCCUCACAUGCCCAAGAGGAACUUUGCUGAUGUGUUUCUUGGCGCCAACCCUCUUGCUGUAGACUUGCUGGAGAAAAUGCUGGUGCUGGACACAGACAAGCGGAUCACGGCGUCGGAGGCGCUGGCGCACCAAUACUUCUCUCAGUAUCAUGAUCCAGACGACGAGCCCGAAGCGGAGCCCUACGACCAAAGCUUUGAAAGCCGCGACCUGGAAAUCGAGGAGUGGAAGAGCCUAACCUAUGACGAGGUAGUCAGCUUUGAGCCGCCACCUUUAGAUGAUGAGAUGGAAUCCUGAGUGGGGAAACGCCUUUUCUUCCUUUUUAUUUAGUUCUUUUAUUACUAUUUUUUUUAUUUCAAAGGAACACUCUUAAAACUAUCAAUCACAUGUGACCAUCUAUUUGUUUCCUGCUCACAUGCACAACCAUGACAUUCAAGUGCCUGCCAUCAUUUAUGUCUUGGGGACGUUGAGAUAACCUGUUCAUAUCGCCCCCUAAUUUGAACCCUCUCCUGAGGCCAACUUUAACUGUUCCUUGUUUCUUUUUUUUUUUUUUUGCUUCCAACAUUUAAUUACUAGUUUUCACGUUUUAGUCACCCAGUUGGAAAAAAGCAUACAUGCCAGUAUCUGAAAACAAUUUAUUUGUUAAACAUUUAUAAAGUUUUACUACUUAGGAGUUAGCACAGCAGGGGCAAAUUUUAUUAGUAUUUCUCUCCUUCAAAUAUUAGACAACAUGUUAUUUCUGUGUAGAUAUUGCAACAAACAGUAUUUGUACAUAAGUAUUUUAGGCAAAAAUAAUUAUCACAUUAGAAUAUUCAUUGACACUUUAACCAGUCUCUUCAACAGUAUGGAUUUGAUUACCAGAGUUCAUCCUAAAAUGGCCUAAAUUGAUAUUGUAUGUAAUUUAUACUAUGUAUGUACAGAAUAUGAGGGGAACUGUAUGAGAUUAACUCAUUAUGACAAGAAAAGAAAAUCUAGGCUUUAUAUUUCUUCUUGGUUUUGUAGACUUGGUCAUUUUUUAAAGAAAUUAUCACUUAUGGAAGAAUUGCAUAUUCAUCAAAUACAUCAAUUUGAUGUAUUUGUUUUCUCUGAAUCAAUUCAUAAAACUUCUUUAGCUACAAAAUGAAUGUUUUAGCAGUCAGCAAGCUUCAGUAUCACAGCUGCAUGAUGAAGACAGGGUUGGCUUUGUAAUUUAUUCAGAUCGGAUGUUUCCUGCGAGAACAUUAGCUGUCAAUGUAAUUUAAUCAUAUUGCAUUUUAUAAACCAUAUUGCAUUUAUUGUGUGUGUUGAAUGUUUUUGGGCACCAGUUUGCUCUGUAUUUAUGAUCCUUUGGUUAUGUUGUUUGUAUAUCAGUGUAAAAGAGAAUGUUAUUUGUCAGAUUUUAGGGUUGUUUUUGUUAUUUAUGGAGAGCCUCUUGUUUCAGUAUCCAAAAGCAUCAUUAAAUAUCUGAUUUUUCCCUCAUUGGCCUCAGGGACUGCAGUUACAGCUUGAGUAUCUAAGCAGACAGAGAGAGCCAUGCUGUCUAAAAUGUGUUAAUGUUAAUUGGCUGAAAACUGAGUUCUCAGCAUCCUGCCGGUAUGAUAGUCCUGUUUACAAAAACGAAGAUGGUAAACAUAUUCAGAAAUGUAGAGCCUUGACAAUGUUCAUAUCCCUUUAAUUUUUCAACAUUGUGUUACGUUACAACACGAAACUUUAAGGUAUUGUAAUCAAACUUUAUUUGAUGAACCAGCACGUAGCAUUGGAUAAUUAAGAGGCACAAACAAAUUAACGUGUUUUUUUUUCUCCAUAAGUAAAAAUGUAACAUCAGAACUUUGGAGAACUGUCUUUUACUUUAAUUACAGCUGGAAAUACUUUAUUUCAACUGGCUUUGUCCAUCUAGAGACAAAACAAUUUUGGAUGAAAACCAUCUGUGAACAUUGAUUUUUCCGGUCUGGACUUUGACUGGGCCAUUCAUCCACAUAAAUAUGGUUUGUGGCCACACAAGAAGUUCUACUUUAGUCUGAUCUUACUAGAGAAUGAUCUUCCACAUUUUUUUUUCUGUGUUCAUAUGACACUUGGGCCUCUUCAGAAUUCAAUGCUUUGUGCUGGUCUAUCACAUGAAAUCUAGAUAAAAUGCAUCAAAGGUUAUGGUUACAGCAUGGGAAAUUAAUAUAUAUAUAUAUAUAUAUAGUUCCAGGGGUAUGAAUAGUUUGGAAAGUCACUGUUUACAGCAUCCGUCAGACCACUAAAGUGAAGAUUUCACUUUCAGAGGCCGGAAAAUAUUUUCCAGUCAAACCACAUUUCUAGUUCUACCACAGUUGCUCUGGCUAAGUCACCCAAACGACUUGCAUAUCUUUUUUUUAUUUCCUUCCGGUUAGUUCAUGUUUUUUUUUUUUUUUUUUUAUGCAUUACUUUACUGCAUGUUCAAUAAAAAAAAAUGAUGUCAGUGAUUUAUAUAGGGCUGAUUUUUAAGAUAUUAGGAGGAUCACAAGAACCGAAAUGUUCAUGUACUAGAAUAUCCAAGCAAGGCACAUGAGUGGAUGUUUACUCGGUGGAUGCUGAAGGGUGAUGCCGAUUUCUGUCAUGUUUACACAUCUGCAUCAAUCAGAUUAAGAUGUUUCUUCUCCAGGUCCCAAUGUCAUAAGUUAACCUGAUUUGCUUGCUUUGCCUGAGAUAUGUUCAUGUAUUUUCCACUGAGUUCUUCACCUAAUGUACCAACACAGCAAGGCCAUGUUAUGUGUAAAUAUACAACCAUCAGUAAAUAAAGGCUACUAUUUUUCAAAGCUGUAA